GAAAAGCAAAGGAGUAGAGCCGAGCAGCGAAAAGAGCGGGGAAACGAGAGAGAUAGAAGCAGAGUAAGAGCGAGUCAAAAGACUCCUCCUCCUCGUUUAUAAAUACAUCCCAUUUUCCCCCCUAUAAUUCAGUUCCUCUCUGUCUCCUCCUCUUAUCGUUUUCACUCUCAUUCUCUCUUCUUUCAGAUCUCAAGUAAGAUAUGGAUACCUUCCUAUUCACUUCUGAAUCUGUCAAUGAAGGACACCCCGACAAGCUGUGUGAUCAGGUUUCAGAUGCUAUCCUUGAUGCCUGCCUAGAACAAGACCCAGAAAGCAAAGUGGCCUGUGAGACUUGCACCAAGACUAACAUGGUUAUGGUCUUUGGUGAGAUCACAACCAAGGCCAAAGUUAACUAUGAGAAAAUUGUUCGGGAUACUUGCAGAGGUAUAGGGUUCACAUCAGCCGAUGUUGGCCUUGAUGCUGACAACUGCAAAGUUCUAGUUAACAUUGAGCAACAGAGUCCUGAUAUUGCUCAAGGAGUUCAUGGCCACCUCAGCAAGAAACCUGAGGAAAUUGGGGCUGGUGACCAGGGUCACAUGUUUGGUUAUGCCUCAGAUGAAACUCCUGAGCUCAUGCCUCUGACCCAUGUGCUUGCAACUAAGAUUGGUGCCAAGCUCACUGAAGUGAGAAAGAACAAGACAUGUCCAUGGGUGAGGCCUGAUGGUAAGACCCAAGUGACUGUUGAGUAUCGCAAUGAGGGUGGAGCCAUGGUUCCUAUUCGUGUUCACACUGUUCUCAUUUCAACCCAACAUGAUGAGACUGUCACCAAUGAACAGAUUGCAGCGGACUUGAAAGAGCAUGUCAUUAAGCCUGUUAUUCCAGCAAAGUAUCUCGAUGACAAUACCAUUUUCCACCUCAACCCAUCUGGUAGGUUUGUUAUUGGUGGACCUCAUGGAGAUGCAGGACUCACUGGCCGAAAGAUUAUCAUUGAUACCUAUGGUGGCUGGGGUGCUCAUGGUGGAGGUGCCUUCUCAGGGAAGGAUCCUACUAAGGUGGACCGAAGUGGUGCAUACAUUGUUAGGCAAGCAGCAAAGAGUGUGGUGGCCUCAGGGCUUGCACGUCGCUGUAUCGUGCAAGUAUCCUAUGCAAUUGGUGUGCCAGAACCAUUGUCGGUUUUUGUAGACACAUACAAGACAGGCAAGAUCCCAGACAAGGAUAUUUUGGAAUUAAUUAAGGAGAACUUCGACUUCAGGCCAGGAAUGAUCUCUAUCAAUCUAGACUUGAUGAGAGGAGGCAAGUUUAGGUACCAAAAGACUGCUGCUUAUGGUCAUUUUGGACGGGAUGACCCAGAUUUCACUUGGGAGGUUGUUAAGCCUCUUAAGCCAAAGGCCUAAGUUGGUUUGGCUAUAUAAACUUUGAGCAAAUGGUUACCAUCGUAGCCAUGAUUCUGGUAUACAGGGGAAGAAUAAAGAAACCUUCGAUGCAUACACGCAUUGGAUGCUGAAAAGGCCCAGGUCAAAGGCGGUAUUCAAGAUGUAUGCUUACAUGUUGAGGUGUUAGGAAAAUUUUAGAUCCGCAUAGGAUUUGUGGAAUCUGUCAUUUGUUUCAUUUUACAUUCUUUACUUUCUAUCUACUUUUCAUCGCAUGAUUUGUUUCUACAACCAUUCUUGCUGGUUGUCGGGGGAUUCUAUCUUGUCUAUUAUUCCAUUCAAUUUUUUCUUUUAUUCAAAUAUUGCUGCCCUUAUGAAGUUGGACCAUUUGCACUA